GGAUUUCAAGCAAAGCGGGCUUUUGGCGCCAAAAGUAAAUGCAGCAAGGCGCUGCACCGCCCGCCGACGCGCCCUUUUGCCGGCGACUGGUGCUGCUAGUGGAUGCCCUGCACGCCUCUGCGGCCGCGGCGCUGCGGCACACUCUGCUGCGGCUCGCGAACCACCUCGCGCUCAGCGGCGGCCCUGGCACUUUAGACGGCGCGCUGCCUCAUGCCGCGGAGUAUGGGCAGCAGCAGCAGCCCAGCCACUUCUCCUCCCAUCCGGCGGAGGUGGUGUACAAGCUGUCGCGACUGCAGCUGAGGGACUUCGCGCUGGCAGUCACUCGACUGCGCGGGGCGGCGCCGGCGGCGGCUGGAGCGGCGGGGGCGGCCGGUGCAGCGGGGCCGGGAGCAGAUGCGGCGGCAGCGGCGGCAGCGCCCGACCCGCGACGCCUGGUGGUGGCGUUGCGGUCGCUGGUGGCGCAUGUGUCCCGCACAGCCGCAGCCACAGCGAGCACAGGAGGGGGCGUGCCACCUGGCGCCGUGAGCGCCGGUGGCAGCAACAGCGGCAGCAACCGCAUCGUUGUGGUCACACACAGCCUGGCUCCGCUGCCGCCCGGAGGGCUACUGGCGCGCACACUCGAGGAGGCGUCGCGAGCGCACGUGUCUGUCAGCUUCCUGGCCCUGAACACCCAGGAGUCGACACAGCUGCUGCAGCUGCUGCGGCGGCCCGCCCUGCAGCCGGCCGAGUCCUCGGCGCGGGAGCCAGCAGCAGGGCCAGGAGCUGGUGGCACUGGUGCCGGUGCCGGUGGUGGGGGCCUCGGUGGCACUGGUGGCACUGGUGCUGGUGCCGGGGCCGGUGGUGGUGGCCUUGGUGGUGCUGGUGCCGGGGCCGGUGGCGGGCGCCAUGACGAUGACGCGGACGAGGCGGCGGUGCGGCAGGCGGUGUCGGCACACGCCAAUGCCGAGUACGACUCCGUGCUGGCGGAGCCCCUGGGUUUGGAGCGAGUGUACAUGCGGUGGGUGCAGCAACUGCUACAGCCGCCCGCACACCCCGAGGUACUGCUGGUGCUGCCGGCGGCUGCAGCAGCUGGCGGCGGCUCCGCUGCGGGCCUUGGUCCGCCGCCGCUGGCGGCACACCAUCCUGGCUGGCAGCGACACCAGGUGGUUGCUGACGAGGACGGUGCUGCGGCGACACCAGGGGGAGAAGGAGCGGGAGGUAACGGCGGCGGGCCGGUGGUGCUGCGGUGUGUGCUGGGCAGUCAGGUGUCUUAUCUGGCGCCGCGCGUGUCGCCCUGCCCGCUGUGCACAUGCCACGGCCUGCCCACGCUGCCCGCGCCCUCCCGAGUCCCCGACGCCCCCAGCUACUGCCCGGUGGAGUCAGGGCUGCUACUGCCGCCCCAUGCCGCGCCGCCCGACCCGCUCACCGUGAGGCUGGGGCCGCCGGGCGCCGCGGGCCAGGAGCUGAGGCUGGCCGGCCGCUGCACGGAGCUGCAGGAGCAGGGCCUCAUUGCGGCAGAUGCGCCGUUCCCGGUCACCGCAGCACAGGCGGCGGCGGCGGCCGCAGCAGAGGCAGCCGGCAUGUCACAUGCCGAUGAUCAAGGAUUUAUGGCGGACCCGCACCCGCACCCGCAUGCACAGCUGCCGCGGCUCGUGGUGGAGCGGGUGGUGGGCUGCGGCGAGGUGGACGAGUCGCUGGUGCUGGGCUGGCCACAGUUGCUCAUGCCGGCGCCAGAUGCUGACGAGGAGGAGGAGGAGGGGACAGGUGGCCUACAGGGUCCGAACGAGGAGGAGGAGGAGGAGGGCGGCGUGGCGAUGGUGCUGGGAGAUGACCUGCAGCCACAACCAGCAGGCCUAGGGCUGGGGGCAGGGCCAGGGGCAGCGUCAGGGGCAGGGCCAGGGCCUACACAGCCACAGCCACAGCGGCGGCGGCGGCGGCGGCGGCUGACGGCGCAUGAGUACCUGGCGGCGCUGUCGCAGGUACUGAUGCAACCGCAGCGCAGUAACGGCAACACAGACGGUGCCAGCAGCGCUGCCGCUGCGCCUGCUGCUGGCGGCGGCGGCGGCGGUAGCGACGGCAGCGGCGGGUCUCCGGCCUGUGCGCUGCUGGCGUGGGCGCACGCGGCGCUGUGCGAGGGGCCGCCGGGCCGUGUGCUGCCCGCCCCCACCAGCCUGCGCCACUGGUACCUGCUCAUGCCGGGCGCCGGAGGCUGCUUCCUGCUGCGCCAGGUGGCGUGCAGGGAGCAGCUGGUGCUGCUGAGCGAUGAGCUCACGGGCGGGCGCAGUGGGCGGCGGUGGCAUGCGGGGCCGCCCUCCGCCGCGGCGCUGGACGCCGCACGGGCUUCACUCGGCCUGCUGCCGGGCUGGCGGCGCAGUCAGGCUGCCGCCGCCACCACCGCAGCAGCCGUUGCCUCAUCAAUACCAACACCUAAACAUGCUGAGACUGGUGCUGGCGGCGCCGCUGGCGCCGCCGAUGCAGCCGAUGCUACGGCGGCACUAGCCGACCAGUUCCACCGUCGUGCGUCCAUCCGCCCCACAGACACGCCGGUGGGCGGCGUUCGCGGCGGCGGCGGCGGCGAGCACGGCGGCGAGGCCGGCGGCAACGGCGGUUGCCAAGUUACGCGGCAUCCGGCGGCGGAGCGGCCACAGGGUUCGCAGCCGCAUGAGGCAGUAGGCGCAGAGUCUUCGGCAGCACUGGCGGAGGUGGCGGCGGCGACGGCGGCGGCAACUGAGGAGUGCUUCUCGCCGCUGAUGCUGAGUAGCGGCUGUCACGAGGUGGUGGCGGCGCUACUGCGCGACAGCAUCCGCCUCACGCCGCGACCCGUUGCCGCCGUCGUGCCAUGCGCGCAGCAGCAGCCACUGCCGGAUCACCAGCACCUGCAGCACCAGCAACAUGGGUACAACGGCGAGCACCAGCAGGGAGAAACUGGGCGAGAGCAGGACGGCGGGGACGGCGGCGCCGGAGGUGGAGGUGGAGUGUCAGCUAUGGACGCAACGGCUGCAGAGGCAGAGGCUCAUGAUGUGGCACAGAACCACACACACCAGCACCAGUACCCGUACCAUGAGCAGCACCCCCAGGACUACCACGGGCAGCAGCUGCAGCACCGGCAGCCGCAUCUCCAACAGCUGCAACAACAGCUACAGCCACAGCAACAGCUGCAACAACAGCAACAACAGCAACAACAACAGCAACAACCGGCGGGCGGCGUUGCACCGGCGCUGGCGCCGCAGUUGGCGCAGCCGCCUGCGUCCGUUGUUGGGGCGUUCGCGGGCGCACGACAGGGGCUUCCAACCUACUUGAAUGCGCCCGCCGCCGGCAGCGGCGACAGUGGCGGCGCAGGUCGCAGCUCCGCACUCACCACGGGCCGUCGGAACCGGCCGCCAGCGGGGGCUGCAGCAGCAGCAGCACCCCAGCAGCAGCAGCAGGCUGCACAGCAGGGGCCCGCCGCGCCGCCGCCGCCGCCGUCGCAGCUACUGCCGCCACAGCCGCCGCAGCCGCCGCGUCAGCAGGCUGUCAGCAGGAGCCAGGGCGGCACGGCCAUAGCAGCUGGCGGCGUUGGGGCAGCAGCUAGUGGUGGUGGUGGUGGUGGCGGCGCGGGCAAUCGGGGCGGAGGCGGCCGGGGUGGUAGCGGCAGCCGGAGGCAACAGCAGCAGCAGAUGCAGCAGGCCGCGGCACAGGCGCAGGGGCAGCAACAAGACAUCCCGGGUCCUGCUUCUGUGGUGGGGACAAGCGGGCGGCUGCCGCCUUCGGGGGCGGCGGGGCGGCUAGCGGCUGGCGGGCGGCGGGCGGCUCUGCAGCUCACGCCGUCAUCAUCUUUGGCGGGGGCCGCAGCACCGCCCGGCAACAAGCGGGAGUAGCGGACCGUGUAUCAGCCAGGGGCCAGAUCCCUGAUGUUAGCGCAGAAGGGUGCUGUAGGGUAGCGCUGCUGCGAUAUUAUGGGCAAGUCGCUAUUUGCAUAUUCGCGAGCUGCGAUGUUGUGGUUUGCUAGACAUGUCGCAGUCACUGCAACAAAAACGCUAGCGAUG